AUUUUGAGUAUUGCGCAUGCAAAUAGAUCACCGUCGUCACAUGGUGGAGGCACCGCCACCAAAGCGACAGAAAGAUGAGUUGCAAGGAGGUGAUGCUGCGGGAAUGGCCACGGUGCUUUUUCAAGUGAAAAAGGCCGUGGCCGGCGCAGCUGUAGCUUUUGAAAUGGAAUUGCCAGCCGCUGGCACGGUGAAAGACCUGAUAGAAGCUUUGGCUGCGAAGGAGAGUUGCUCAGUCCAGCUAAUCACAGUGGUGAGCCGCGGCAAGCCUCUCAAGGAUGCUGACGUCAAACUUUCAGAGCUUUCCACACUGGCUGGCGGUGCAGGUGGCACAGUGGCAGUUGUUUACAUUGUGCGGAAGCCACCUGAAGAAGGGAACCCGGCUGGUCGAAGUGCUUCCAGUGCUUCAGCAACGAGCACCCAGGCUGGCGCGGGUCGCGCAAGUCGCACAAGCCAACCAGGUCGCAGGAUCAUUUUGAUGCUUCGCCAUGGGCAGUGCUGCCAUGAGGGCGAAAGGGAUGAGCUGAAAGAACUCACACCACAUGGCCACAAGCAGGCUGAGGACACGGCGUGUUUCAUUAGCAAGCUUUUUGCCAUGGGCAAGCUUCCAGCAAAGCGAGCCUUGCUGCAUAGCACCAGCCGACGGGCAAGAGAGACGGCGGCCAAGCUGCCAAUCCAUAUCCAGGAUUUAGACGUUUGGAAUGCCGACCUUUUACGUGAGACUGAUCCUACUGAGAAGCCUUUUCGUGCUGAAGAGGUCUUCAAUCGGCUAUUUGCAGCCCCCGAGGCUGGAGACUCCGAUGCUCUCAUCAUAGUUGCCCACAACAAUAUCAUUUUGUACAUGCUCAUGCGUGCAGCGGGUGUUCCAAUAGAGCGAGCUGCCCAGGCCUGGAUGCUUUUUCAUCUUCGGCAUGCAUCGAUCACGCGGAUUGAUGUCUUUUCAACUGGCGACAAGAAGGUUGUUUCCAUCGGUUCUGCGGCCCAUGUAGCUGACACAGCUGUUACAUGGAAGAAUGUCACCGGCGCUGAUAUGUCAGCGUGGAAAGGUGGAGGUCCUGAAAGGCACAAAUUUGGUGGCAGAAUGCUGGUGUUGGUUCGACAAGCUGCUGGUCUAGAAAGUGUUACCGCCCAGCAGAUCCAGUCCGUGACAGAUCAUGUUAAAAGCCUCAGUGGAUACAUGAUGUCUGGAAAGGCCGUGGUUGCUUGCACAUCAGAUGGGCAACCGACGGCCAACAUGAUUGCCAGCAAGUUCAAAACAGUGCCGCAACUGCUGCCCGACAGUAUUUGCGAAGAGCCUGAGGCGGCAUUCUUGCAGUUCUUCUCAGUCCCUGGAAGCUCUCGUGACACUGUGAUUAUUGUUGCUGAGGACGUCCCACUCCUUUACAUGCUUCUGCGAUCUUUGGGCAUGUGAUCUUGGAUUCAGCAAACAGGUGAACCCUGGCUCGGCAAACAAGUUAUCUUGACACAGGUCAGCUGAAGAGUCCAAAGCUGCCCGCUCACUGUACAGCAUUGGGCAUGCGUCUGUCACACUGGUGAACAUCAAGACCGACGGUACAACAAAAGUGAUUGGAGUUGGCGACACUUACCACCUCCCUGUUGGCAGCAUGCCCGCUGAAGCCAGCUGAAGCUAGUUUGUGUCUUCCACCAGCACAGCCAGUGAAUCUGCCGAGCUAGCUGGUGCUCAAAAAUGUAUAUAGUAAUGUGGAUGAACGAAAAGUUCGGCAAGGAACAUUUUGAUAGUCGAUCUUUUGUAUGUAGGGUUUUGUGCAACUGUACCAGCCAAGACCGGGCGGAAAGGAACAGCCUUUCCCACGCAAAUGGGAUUGCCGAGUGCAGACACCCAC